AUGGGAGAUGGAGCAAGAACAAAAUUGCCCGCCACUCUAGACAAACGUAGUGUUGUAGACGGUAUUUGCCAGUCAACAAUCGAGACACAAGGUUAUACUUGCGAAGAGCAUAAAGUGACAACAAAAGAUGGUUAUAUUCUUAGCAUGCAAAGAAUGCCAAAGGGAAAGUCCGCCACUAAGAAACCCCCCGUCCUCCUCCAACAUGGACUCAUGAUGGAUGCUACGACAUGGCUAUUGAAUUCUCCGGCAGAAUCUUUAGCAUUCAUUUUGGUCGAUAAUGGGUAUGAUGUUUGGCUCGGCAAUACUCGAGGGACAAACCAGAGCCAAGGACAUACAUCACUUAGUCCGAAUGAUCCGGCUUACUGGAAUUGGUCGUGGGAUGAAUUGGUCGCUUAUGAUCUUCCUGCAACUUUCCAAUAUGUUUACGAUCAAACUGGACAGAAACUGCAUUAUGUUGGCCAUUCCUUGGGGACUCUAAUGGCAUUAGGUGCAUUUGCACAAAAAGAAGUGUCGAACAUGGUAAGAUCAGCUGCUUUGCUCAGUCCCAUUGCUUAUUUAGGCCAGAUGCCAUCCCCUCUUGCAAGAAGUGCUGCAGAUAUAUUUAUAGCUGAAGAUUUAUACUGGUUGGGGCUCAAAGAAUUUUCUUUAGGAGGAGAGGCCACUUCAAAACUUGUGGAUGAUAUCUGCAAGACACCAAACAUCAAUUGCACUGAUUUGAUGGCUAUAUUUACUGGUCCUAAUUGCUGCAUCAACACUUCAAAGUCAUAUCUAGACCAUGAACAACCUACUGCAACAAAGAACAUGAUCCAUCUAGCCCAGAUGAUAAGAGGAGGCAGCAUAGCAAUGUAUGAUUAUGGCAGCGCAGGUGAGAACAAUAAAUAUUAUGGUCAGCCGACUCCUCCCAAGUACGAUAUGGCAAGCAUUCCAAAUGAUCUUCCACUUUUUCUUGGCUAUGGAGGGAAGGACAUGCUUUCUGAUGUUAACGAUGUGCAAACUUUGCUCGAGAAACUCAAAGACCAUGAUCCUGAUAAACUUGUAGUUCAAUUCAGGGAGGAUUAUGCUCAUGCAGACUUUGUUUUCGGUGUCAAUGCUAAGCAAGUUGUGUAUAAUCCUCUCAUGGCCUUCUUCCACCUCCAUUAA